UUACACUGCACCACCGAUCUCCAAUCCCCAAUCUCCAGUCUCCAUCCAGACCCUUUCCUUGCGCCUCUCCCGCUCCCGUCCCCGUUCAGCGUCAUCUCUUUUUGUGUUUGUUUUUCCGCACCAUGGCGCGCCUCCAUCUCCCCUCUCACAUCAUCCCUCUGCAUCGCCUCUGGCUGUUCCCCCUAAUAGCGGGCACGAGCUGGUUUCUCACGCUGGCGGCUCUGCUAUUGACCUGGAUCGGGCGCGGGUGCCCGCGGUAUCCGGGGCAGAAGAAUCCUUAUGUGGCUUUCAUAUCCGACAUCGCCGCCUUCCAGCUAAAACCGCUCUUCCUCCUCGGCGGCACCACAACCGCGCUCUUCUUCAUCGCCACGCUCCUCGCCGUGCACUUCGCGCGCUACGACCCGCGCAUGUACGGCAUCGACGACGCGGCGUGGAAGAUGCGGGCCUCCGUGCUCGCCAUGUGCAGCGGCGUGGUCGCGGGGCUCGGGCUGGUUCUGCUCGCGGUGCUGGACACGUUCCGCUUCCACGAAGAGCAUGCGGUGCUGCUGCUGGUGUGCUGCGGGGGGCUGGUGGUCAGCAUGGUGGGGACGACGGUGGUGUAUUGGGAGCAGGCGUGGGGGGCGUCGCCGUUUCGCGGGUUGAGGGUUUAUUGCAUAGCGAGCGCGCUUACCGUGUUCCUUGAUUUUGGCCUGGGUGUCUCAUUCUAUACCCUCAUGCAGCUGUAUUACUGGAAGGCCUCUGGUAUUCUGGAGUGGGUUAUGGCGUUCACGGGAGCUAUCUAUCUCUGGGCUUUUGUGGGGUUCGUGAGCGUGCCUGAGGAGGGGAUCGAUGAGGCCGAGAGAAGAGCGUUGUUGAGAGGCGUGGCAAGAUAGCGAGAGCAGUACAUCGAG